CAAAUACACAUACUAGCCCUCAAGAAUAAAAACCCUUAUCAAAGUGCAUGUUCACAUCAGAUUCCUAAUUAACGUGUAUUAAUAGUCUUUAGCCAAAAAUGCAUAUGUGAUAUGUCCCUCUCAAUUUCCUUUACAACAAAGAAAAGAACAAAAACCAGCUACACUAAACCCAUAGAUAAACAUAUUCCCAUCAUCACCGUACCAAAACCCAAAAACACCAAAUACACCAAAACUCAAAACGUAUUCACGUCACAUUAUUUCAUAUUCUUAUCUAGCGUCUCGGGAUUUCCGUUAGCAGGAUCGAUCAUGUCACAUUAUAUCCUCCUCAUAUCAUCCUUGUUCAUCCUCCUCUCCCGCACUUGUACUACUUGUACUGCGGCGAGUACAAGUAAUAUACAAUGGCAGCUCCUACAAAAAAGCAUCGGCGUUUCCGCCAUGCACAUGCAACUCUUAAACAACGACCGUGUUAUUAUCUUAGACAGGACAGAUUUCGGCCCCUCGAAUAUCUCCCUGUCUAACGGCAAGUGUCGCAAGGAUCCUUACGACUUAGCCAUGACGACUGAUUGCACGGCUCACUCCGUAGAGUAUGACUCUCUAUCCAACACCUUCCGCCCUCUGAUGGUGCUAACCGAUACGUGGUGCUCCUCUGGUGCCACCCUCGCUAAUGGUACUCUCGUACAAACAGGUGGUUACAACGAUGGAGCGCGAGUGGCUAGAACAUUUCAACCAUCUUGUGAGGCUUGUGAUUGGGUUGAGAUGCCUAACAAGUUGUUAAUUCGUCGAUGGUAUGCUACUGAUCAUGCUUUACCUGAUGGUCGAUUGAUAGUUGUUGGUGGUAGGAGAGCUUUCAACUAUGAAUUUUAUCCAAAAACAACAUUUUCUUCAUCUAAGCUAUACAAGUUGCCGUUUUUAGCACAAACUAAUGAUGCUAAAAUGGAGAAUAACUUGUACCCUUUUGUGUUCCUUAAUGUAGAUGGGAACUUGUUUAUUUUUGCUAAUAAUCGGGCUAUUUUGCUUGAUUAUACUAAUAAUUUGGUUGUACGAACUUACCCUACUAUCCCGGGUGGUGACCCACGUAGCUAUCCGAGCUCAGGGUCUGCGGUUCUUUUACCAUUGAGGAAUUUGGAGAUGGGGUUAUUGAAUAUGGUAGUAGAAGUGUUAAUAUGUGGGGGUGCUCCUUCAGGGUCAUACUUGAAGGCACGUUCAGGUCAAUUUUUGCCAGCUCUAAAUACGUGUGCAAGAAUUAAUAUUAAUAGUCGCAAUUCUACUUGGGUCAUGGAAACUAUGCCCAUGGCUCGUGUCAUGGGUGAUAUGAUUGUUCUUCCUAAUGGUGAUAUCUUGUUAAUUAAUGGGGCUGGGUCGGGUACCGCUGGAUGGGAGUUAGGUCGUGACCCGGUCCUCGAACCAGUGAUCUACCACCCGAAUAAUGCCUUGGGAUCCAGAUUCGAGACCCAAAAUUCAAGUCAAAUCCCACGAAUGUACCACUCUAGUGCAAUUGUGAUGCGAGAUGGGCGAGUUUUAGUGGGUGGGAGCAAUCCGCAUAUGGUCAAUAGGUUCACCCAUGUGUUGUACCCAACUGAACUUAGCUUAGAGGCAUUUUCACCACCAUAUUUGAAUCCCAAUAAAACGGUUCUCCGACCCAUUAUUAUCACUCCAGAUUCGGGUUCUAAGGUCCAAUAUGCACAAGUAUUGGAGGUUAAGUUUUUAGUUUUUGGGUUAAUUGACCAGGCUUCAAUCAUGGUUACCAUGCUUAGACCACCCUUCAAUACACAUUCCUUCUCAAUGAGCCAGAGGUUGUUGGUCCUAACCAACACUAUGCAGUCUGCUACGUCUAUAGGACCCAAUCAAUUUCAAGUCAAUGUUACGACACCCGAAUCCACUAACAUUUCCCCACCCGGUUAUUAUUUGUUGUUCGUGGUGCACCAGGGUAUACCUAGUACAGGCAUUUGGGUUCAAAUUAAGUGAUUUUUGUGUUCAAAUUAAGUGA